GCCGCGCCCGGUGCUGAUCGCACGACGCACACCUACUUGUACGUACUUAGCAGCGGCGUUGCAUCGCCAGGGCCCCCUCGUCGGCGACACGGCUCACCACCGGGGCGGCUCCCAACACGCCAACUUCUGGCCCACUUCUAGAAAAAAAAAUCCUCGCAGGCCCCCGGCGGCGGAGAGCGGCGCGCGCAUGUGUCAGGGCCUGGUUCCCACGCGCUCGGUGAUUUGGGGGGCGCAGGUAACGCUGCAAGGUAGCCCUAUCCGGGGGCUGUGGUGCUAGCAAUUGGAUCGCACGCUCGGCAUCGCAUUGCCCAUGGCAGGUAUGGGUGGGUAGCCUGGCAGGCCUUAUCGCCAAACUGGCUAGUCGCCCUGGACCAUGCGCCGACUGACGUGCCUCUGCAGCCCUUCAAAGCCUGCGCUGAUCCGCUGUCGAGAGCAUGCCACAGAGUUUUGUUUUACGACCAUUGCCAAGGCCCGUCUCUCCUCCAGGCUCCCGCUCCCGCUCUACCGACGACAGCAACACGCCCCUCAUGUCGGACUACCGCUACGGCACCCAGUCUGACGCCUACGCCGCCGACCAUGGCCACGUCCUGCGCACCGGCGGCGUCGAGAAGGACGCCAAGUUGGGCAACACCUACUCGGGCUCGGGAGACGAUGUCGCCGACCCCAGCAAUCCAGACGGCCUCUUGGCCGCCAUGGGCUACAAGGCCGAGUUGGUGCGCUCACGAUCCACUCUCCAGGUCGCCUUCAUGUCGUUUGUGCUGGCCUCGGUCCCCUACGGUCUGGCAACAACCCUCUACUACCCCAUAGUCGGAGGCGGUCCCACCACCAUCAUCUGGGGCUGGCUCGCCAUAUCGCUCAUUAUCCUCGCCGUGGCCGCCUCGCUGGGCGAGAUUACCAGUGUGUACCCCACCAGCGGCGGCGUCUACUACCAGACGUUUAUGAUUACGCCUCCCGCCUACCGCAAAAUCGCCUCGUGGAUCUGUGGCUGGUGUUUUGUAGUUGGCAACAUUACCAUUACUCUCUCGGUCAACUUUGCUACCGCUCUCUUCCUGGUCGCCUGUGUCAAUGUCUACGAAUCCGCACCCGGUGUCGGCAUCUUGGAAGGCUCGGCCUACCAGGUCUUCCUCAUCUUCCUUGCCAUUACUCUCCUCUGCAACGCCGUGUCUGCCUUUGGCAACAAGAUCCUGCCCUGGCUCGAUACGUUUGCCAUUUUCUGGACCUUUGCUGGUGUGAUUGCCAUUAUCGUAUGCGUCCUUGCCCUUGCAAAGAAUGGUCGCCGAAGCGCCGAAUACGUCUUUACUGAAUUCGAUCCCUCCAACUCCGGAUGGGUCCCUGGAUGGUCUUUCAUGGUCGGACUCCUGCACGCAGCCUACGCAACUUCAUCGACCGGAAUGAUCAUCUCAAUGUGCGAAGAAGUCAGAGAGCCAGCAACGCAGGUCCCCAAGGCCAUGGUUGCCACUGUCGCCUUGAACACCAUCUGUGGCCUUGUCUUCCUCAUCCCCCUCGUCUUCGUCCUGCCCGACCAGGCCACCCUUGCGGCUUUGGCUUCGGGUCAGCCUGUUCCUGUCAUCAUCAAGGACGCAGUAGGCUCUUCUGGCGGCGCUAUUGGCCUGCUUGUUCCUCUCCUUGUCCUGGGCUUGCUCUGUGGUAUUGGAUGCACAACUGCUGCGUCUCGUGCUACCUGGGCCUUUUCCCGUGACGGCGCUAUCCCUGGCUACAAGCUAUGGAGAACUGUCAACACCAAGCUUGACGUGCCGCUGAACGCUAUGAUGCUCAGCAUGGUUAUCCAAAUUGCCCUUGGUCUCAUCUACUUUGGUGCUGCCGCCGCUUUCAACGCCUUUUCUGGUGUUGGUGUUAUUUGCUUGACAUUGAGCUAUGCUGCACCCAUCUUGGUCUCGCUCCUCACUGGCCGCAAGCAAGUCAAGGAUGGUGAAUUCCAUCUCGGAGUCCUGGGUACUUUUUGCAAUGUCAUUGCCCUUGCCUGGUCCGCGCUCGCAACUCCCCUCUUCUGCAUGCCUACUUUCCGCAACGUCACGCCGUCCACUAUGAACUACGCUUCCGUCGUCCUUGCUGCCGUCGUUAUUGUUUCAACCAUCUGGUACUUUGUCUGGGGCAAGAAAAACUACGAGGGACCUCCUACGCAUGAGGAUGCUGUACUCGAGGCGAGGAGAGCUAGCGUCGCGAGCCGCUAAGAGAUUAAUGCUAGUAUGCGCAUGACAGUCACGCUACUCUGAUAGCGGUGUUUAAGAUAGGAUGAAGAAGAGUUUAACUGCUACCUCGCUUUUGUGACGAGAUGGAGCGUUUGCUGUACGAUACAAUGCUUGUCAGUAGUGCAAUGGAUACCCCCCUUGGUUUACCCGACCUGGCUCUACCCAACCUGGCUCUACCCGACCUUGCUCUCAACCCAGCAAGCUGAACACUCGAGCAACGGGAGUAUUGCCAUUUGUAAGACUUAUCCACCCAUACGGCCGAGAAUAAGCCCGCC